AUGUCCUUUGGUGCACGCCCCGUCGACAGAGACAAGGCCGAGACUGAACUCGUCCUUCACAUCAAAAAGGCCACCAGUGCUGAAGAGACCGCCCCCAAGCAGAAGCAUGUUAGAGCUUGUAUUGUCUACACAUGGGACUACCGCUCGUCGUCGUCGGUGUGGCAGGGCUUCCGCACACAACCUAUGUUAGGCGAUGAGGUCCAGACCUUCAAGGCGCUGAUCUCGGUCCACAAAAUUAUCCGUGACGGACACCCUACGGCGUUGAAGGAUGCUCAGAAUCAGUCAGACUGGCUGGACCAGUGUGCCCGUUCAACUUCGCAAUACGACGGCCGAGGCUACAGCACCUUGAUUCGCAACUACGUCGACUUUUUGCACGCCAAGCUGCGAUACCACAACAACCAUCCCGAAUUCAACGGCAACUUUGACUACAAGGAGUACAUUUCUUUGAAGGGCAUUGACGAUCCCAACGAGGGAUACGAGACCAUUACGGACUUGAUGAACUUGCAGGAUCAGAUUGACCAGUUCCAAAAGCUCGUGUUUGCCAACUUCCGUCCUUCAUCCAAUAAUGAGUGCAGGAUCGCCGCCCUUGUUCCUCUUGUCGAGGAGACCUAUGCUAUUUACAAGUUUGCCACCAGCAUGCUGCGCGCCAUGCACAAGCGCACUAACGAUCCCGAGGGACUGAUUCUCUUGAGACAGCGUUACAAUGCUCAACACUAUGCUUUGAUCAAGUUCUACUAUGAGUGCUCCAACUUGAAGUACCUUACCAGUUUGAUCAGUGUUCCCAAGCUGCCUCAGGACCCACCAAGCCUUUUGGGAUCCGACUCCCCACUCAUGACUCCCAGUCGCAAGCCCGUUGUCAAGGAUACGCCACCACAGACGCCUGAGCCUGAUUGGGCUGCCCAGCAGCGGGAAAUCGCUAAGCAGCAGCGCGAAUACGAGCUUGAGCAGAACCGUCUCCAACAGCAGCGUGAGAUGGAGCAGCAGCAGCAGCAAAUGGAGGCCCUUCGUCUUCAGCAGAACUUUGAGGAGCAGCAGCGUCAACAAAUGGAGCGUGAGCGUCUUCAGAGGGAGCAGUUGGGACGAGAGCAGAUGCAGCGUCAGGCCGAGGGUCGUCUUGCCGAGUUGGAGAGAGAUGUUUUGGCUCUUCGCGGACAGUAUGAGCGUGAUCAGAUGCUCAUUGAUCAGUAUGACCGAAGAGUCAAGGGUUUGGAACAGGAGAUGCAGUUGAUCAACAUGAACGCUCAGCAGCAACUCGCAUCCAAAGAUGCCAUGAUUCAGAGCAUUCAAGAGCAAAUUAACAUUUGGAAGUCCAAGUAUGAGGCUUUGGCCAAGCUUUACUCUCAAUUGCGUCAGGAGCACCUGGAUCUUUUGGGCAAGUUCAAGACUGUGCAGCUCAAGGCCAACUCUGCCCAGGAGGCUGUUGACAAGAUGGAGAAGAUGCAGAAGGAGAUCAAGGACAAGAACUUGCAGAUGGCUGACAUGGUCCGCGAGAGAGACCGUGCCAAGAACGAGCUCUUGAGAUGGCAGAACACCCAGAACGACGAGAUUGCUCGUCUCAAGAGAGAUCUUGAGAUGGCUAACGGUCGUGUCGAGGACCUUGGACGUUCCAAGAGCUCCGAGGUUGGGUCCAUGGUUGCCAAGUUCAACAAGGAAAAGCAGGACCUCGAGGAUCUUGCCAACCGCCGUCAACGCGAGAUUGACUCGUUGAUGCGCCAGGUGGAGGAUCAGAGAGCCGAGAUUGAGCGCAUGGAGAUCGAGAACGAGGAGGAGAAGGCUGUUCUUGAGAGUGGUUUGGACGAGACCUUGUUGGAAUUGGCUACCCUGAGAGAUGACCAGAGCGAGCACUCGUCCGUCCUCCAGAGUCGCCUCGACACCAUGAUGAGCGCUCACAAGCGCAAGCUUCAGCAGAUUCUGGAUUCGAUCUUGGAGACCUGCAUCAGCAAGGUUGAGGAGAGCAUCUACGACCUGGAGUCGCCUACCCAGCUCGGAAACCAGACUGCCACACCUGAGUUCACUCUGUCAAUGAUCGAGAAGGCGCAGACUGCCUCCACCGAGUUUGAGUUGUCGUUGAUGCAAUACCUCAGGUCGUCAGCCUCGAGCGAUGUCAACCAGGUCGAAGCCAUCCGCUCAGCCUUGCACCUUUCGCAGACCCUCUCGGACGUGAUGAUCAACGCCAAGGGCAUCACUCGUUUGGCUAAGCAGGAUGCGGACGCCGAGCACAUUGUUAACCAGACAAAGUUCUCUGCCACCGCCAUCCAGGAGUUCUUUACCAACGUCAUGUCGUCGCAUUUGGGCGGUCUCUCCCCCGAAGGAAGCAUCAGGACUAUCACUCGCUCGAACGAGGCUGUCCAGUCGGCUUUGGAGCAUGUUGCCAAGGCUGCCGAGAACUUGAUCCCUAAGAACAACCAGCUCGAUCCUACCAAGCUGGAUCUGGGCGACAUGGUCGAGUUGGAGAUGGGUAACGCUGCCCGUACGAUCGAGGAGGCCACGGCUCGCCUUCAGGCCUUGAUGGCCAAGCCCAAGAACGAUGGUCUGUCGGCGAUCGAGUUGCAGGUCAACGCGUCGAUUCUGGAGAGCGCCAUGGCGAUGAUGCAGGCCAUUGGUCACUUGAUCAAGUGCGCUACCAUCUCUCAGCAGGAGUCUGUUGCCCAGGGCCGAGGAUCAUCGACCAACGCUGCCUUCUACAAGAAGAACAACCGCUGGACUGAAGGUCUCAUCUCUGCGGCCAAGGCCGUCGCCAUGGCCACCACCUUGCUUGUCGAGACUGCCGACGGUGUGAUCUCCAAGACCCACUCGAUGGAGCAGCUCUUGGUCGCCUCGAACGAGGUCGCUGCCGCCACUGCCCAGUUGGUCGCCGCCUCCCGUGUCAAGGCCAACGCUAUGUCCAAGGCCCAGGAUAACCUCGAGAGGGCCUCCAAGGCUGUGACAGAGGCUUCUAGAGCUCUUGUCCGCGCUGUCAAGGCCAUCAUGGAGAGGGAGAUGAAGGCCCGUGAGGCUGAGGUCGACUACCAGGCCAUGAACGCUCACGAGUUCAAGAUCCGAGAGAUGGGUCAGCAGGUCGAGAUCCUUAAGCUCGAGAAGGAACUUACUCUUGCCAGGAGAGUGCUUGGUGAGAUGAGAAAGGUCUCGUACCACCAGGGCGACGAUUAA